AUCUAACCUGAGGGGUAUCACUGGAAUGAUGAAGAAGACCAGCCUGCAACCACAGCUUAUAAAUUAUAAAUCUAAAUUGUCAACAAAUUGAUUUUAAGUAUUUUAGAUGGGUUAAAUCACAUGACCUGUUUUCUGUUUUCUUUCUUUGUCUCACCUACACACUGCCUUUCAACCCAGUUAACCAUUUAAACACAUGCCUUCUUACACAAAUAAUCAUAUGAGUACAUCCAGAUCUCUAAGCACUGCACAUUUUGUGGAGAACAAACACUGACAUGCACCAACCAUACGCCCCCAUGAGUGGACUUAGGAGAAUUUCCUUUUGAUAGAAUACAAACAUGUCACGCCUACUGUCCCCCAGUGUAUAACAACAGUGAUGUCACCAAAAAUCAACCAAAAUUACACCUCUAGUCACCUGAUCAGGCUGAUCUUUUGGAAAAGAACAAAUCGCUAGUCUGACUCUAAACCAAGCAAGUCAGCUUAGCCAAUCACAAACAGCCUUCGUGUCCUAUAAGAGUUGGGUGCGUCCGUCAUCACACAGGACACAGACUGCAGAGCUUCAGAGAUGAUGCCACUUUACAUUUUUCUUGUGCUUAUCAGUCAAAUCUGUCCAGUGCCAGCUGAUGUUGACAAGACACCAGGUAUCAUUCAGGACAGUGGGGUCAAAACAGCUAAAGUUGGGGAGGAUGUAACUUUGCGGUGCUUUUGUCAAAAUGAUGCUGUAACUUUCCUUUCCUGGUACCAGCAAAGCUUGGGAGGCAAACCUCAGAUCAUAUCAACUCGCAUGAAGCACAAAGCAGAAGCUGACAUCUACCCUGCGUAUAAAGAUAGGUUUCAAGUCUCUGGAAAUCAAGACAGCAGCAACCAUCUCACAAUCAAAGACCUUCAAGCGUCAGAUUCGGCAACAUAUUUCUGUGGGAUUUUAGAGUUCAAUGCAAUCGAAUUUGGACAAGGAGCUUUCCUUCAUGUCAAAACAUCAUCGUCCAACAUCCAGGCUACAGUCCAUCAGCCAGAGUUGGAGCCACUUCGGCCAGGGGACUCCGUGAAUUUGAGCUGCACAGUGCACGCUAAAUCACUGUGUGACGGACAUCAGAGCCUCUACUGGUUCAGACAUGGUGCAUCUCAGCCUGCAGUCAUGGACCCCAGCACAGGACAGUGUUCAAGUUCAAAGUCGCAGGUGAAAAAUUGCACUUCAAACCUUGCAAUAAAGUCUGCGAGCUCCUCUGAUGCUGGGAUGUACUACUGCGCUCUGGAAUCCUGUGGAGAGAUUGUUUUUGGAAAUGGAACGAGAGUAAAGAUUGUAGAUGGUUUUACUGAAGUCGCCCCUCUCCUGGUGUAUUGCUUAAGUCUGGCAUUAGCAGUUUCCAUUACCGUGCUGCUUGCCCUGGCUUUCGUCAUGUACAAGAUGAAAAAAAAGCUGUGCUCUGUCUGCAAAGGAACUGUUUCUCAUCUGACGUGUUCUCCCGCCUCUGACACCAUGACCCAAGAUGCAGACUCUCUCCACUAUGCUGCUCUGAGUAUGAAAAGAAACAGCAAACAGCAUCGUCAAGAGGACAACACGGAGAGUGUUUGUGUAUACUCUGGAGUAAAGUGCAGAAAAGAGUGAUGUAGAUUAACUUUCUUUCUUGUCAGGCACUGUCGCAAGAAAACAGCUAUUCAUGGACUAAAUGUAAAAUGUAAAAUAAUGUUGAAAUAAAAUAAAAUGUGUUUUUGGUUACA